AUGUCCUUAACUCAUCUUCCUCCCGAGCUUAUUGACCAGGUGCUUUCCGAUAAGGACCUUCGAACGCGUGACCUCGCCAGACUUGCAAGAGUAAAUAAAAAAACCUAUGCUCUCGUUUCGACCAGGAUCUACAGGGAUGUGACACUCUACAGCUCCGGACAGCACGGAGAUGGGGAAAUCCUCGAUUUGUUUCACCGGACUCUGGUUGCAACUCCGCGGCUAGCAGCCAUCACCCAAUCUCUAUCCGUUAGCGCUUUUCUCCCCAAUGAUGCUAAAAUUCUCCAAUCUCGGCAAACUCUGGCGAAACUCACUGCCCUACGGAAUCUGUCGCUGGCCUUUUGGGGAAGUGGAUAUCUCGCAAAUUUAAUCGAAAGGGUCAUGCCAACAGAACCCGACACGGGUGCUACUACACUUGCUAAACUCCAGAAUAUGACAAUUAUCGACCCCGGACUAAGCUUCCGCGAAAUUUCGAAGCUUAUAUGCUUUCCCAGUUUAGAGCGACUGACCGUGAAAUGCCAUCGAAAUCAGGAGACUGCCGGAUGUGACGUCUUACCGUCCACAUCAAGGCACCCCUAUUCAAGUUCUCUUAAGAAACUCACUUUGACAAUCUCCACGAACUGCAAUCAUGACUUGCGACAAGUCUUAUCAGCUUGUUCGGCUCUAGAGACUUUUAUCUGCAAUAUAUCUCCCAUGCAAAACUUCAACGACGAUCCUGUAUCAUCUGCUGAUUUAUCACGGGCUCUGAUGUCCUGCCAACAAACACUUAUCACAAUGGAGUUUAACAGCACAUUGGGAAAUGUCGACUCCGAACGAUCGUUAGAACUGAGCCAAUUUAAGAACGUGAGAUCUUUGAAGGCUAGCAGCCUUUUACUCUUUGAAGAGGAUGAGCAAGACGACCCGGCCCUUCGAAAUGGUCUCUAUACCCGUCUACCACCCUCACUAGAAAACCUAGAGAUACUGUUUGUGUCCGAUUCAUAUGCUUUCAAAUCACUCGAUGAAGUAGAAGGAUCCGACGACGACGAGGCUUUUAGCACCGAAAUCAAAGUCGAUAGCGUCAUUUGGCUCUCUGAGCUGGCUCAUUAUAGGCAAAGUCUAUCAUAUGUUCGGAUUGAAGAAGAUGGUGGACGGUCGCCUUCCAUGAGAGCGCAUAAAACAGCUAGCCUUCACGAUGCUCCGCAUCGCGUCAAGGAGGCAUUCGACGUGGCACACAUUGAGAUCGAUCUUUAUCUUCGGCCAUUGUUCUACCCCUCCCUUGAGCGACAUUCAAGUUAG